AUGAAUAGUAUCACGAAUGCUGGAUACUCUGGCACUCACUUUGAGUAUGACUCCUCCGCUCGUGAAAACCGUAUUCAUAGGCGAUCCGCUAGUGAGAUAUUUACAAUCAUUUGCGCUGGGUUUGCUUUGAUUUCUGAUGGAUAUCAAAAUAAUGUCAUGACAAUGCUUAACACCGCUUUUGCUCAACUUUAUCCGAAAGAAUAUACAAGUGAGAUGAAGACAAAUGUUUCAAAUGCCUCACUUGUGGGGACCAUUUUCGGCCAAGUCGUUAUUGGAGUCUUGGCAGACAGGCUUAAUAGAAAACAAUCGAUUAUAAUAGCGACCGUUUUUUUAGUGUUCGGAACAGUCUUGUGUGCGGCUGCACACGGUAGGUCCGUGAACGGCAUGUUCUGGAUGUUGAUUAUCUUUCGUGGUGUCACUGGCUUUGGUAUUGGAGCGGAAUACCCCUCGUGUUCAGUAUCAACUAAUGAAGCUGCGAACGAAGCGGUGAAAAGAAGAGGGGGGGUAUUUUGUUUGGUAACCAAUUUACCACUCUCUUUUGGUGGGCCUUUUGCGUUGAUCAUAUUCUUAAUUGUGUACCAAAUCACGGACGGAGUGACAAAUGGUCUCUGGCGAGCACUUUUUGCAAUCGGAGCAUUUUGGCCGUUGUCUGUAUUUUACUUUAGAUACAAGAUGGCAACCUCUGUUUUGUUUAGGAAAGCAGCGAUACGAAAAAACACCCCAUACUGGUUGGCCUUAAAGUUUUAUUGGAAGCGAUUGUUGGGGACAUGUUUAUGUUGGUUUCUCUACGACUUUGUCACCUUUCCAAAUGGCAUAUUUUCAGCUACUAUCAUUAAAUCAGUGUUGGACAGUUCCGAAACCUCGAACCUUGAGCGCGUGGCUGAGUGGAAUUUGUUACUUGGAACAAUUGCCAUUCCAGGAGUGCUUGUUGGUGCGUACUUAUGUGACAAUAUUGGACGCCGCAACACGCUUGCGUUGGGGUUCUCGGGCUACAUCGUAUUUGGCCUAAUAAUCGGAUGCUCUUUCGAUAAAAUCAAAAAAAUUGUUCCCCUUUUUAUAAUUUUUUACGGUUUGAUGAUGUCUAUGGGAAAUCUUGGACCGGGAGAUAUGAUGGGAUUGACUUCAUCGGAAUCUUUUGCCACUCCCAUUCGUGGCACGUGCUACGGAAUCUCUGCCGCUAUCGGAAAAGUUGGUGCUGUUGUUGGUACGAAAACGUUUACACCCAUUCAGAAUAACUUAGGAGAAAAUUGGACGUUCAUCAUUGCAGCCAUUUGUGGUUUGGUCGGUGUGAUCUGUUCUUUGGUCCUCAUUCCACAACUACAAGACGAUGAUUUAAUGAGAGAGGACAUCAAGUUCAAGAAUUAUUUGAUUGAUCAGGGGUGGAAUGGAACUUUCGGUUAUGAAGAUGAUGAACUGGACGCAGGAAGUGACACCUCUGAUAAUGAGAUCGAGAAACAGGCAUAUGUGGAGAACAUCGCCCCUAAGACUUAA